AUGGAUGAGGACGAGUUAGCCCUUGUAUCUUCCCUUUACGGCAAAGGCACCACAGUGUGCUGGCUGUUUACAAUCCUCGCUUGUCUGAUCCUAUGGACAUGUGACAAGCGAAAGCGGAGAUCUGACACUCUGGACGCCGAUUUCAUUGGAAUCCUAGCCCUCCCGUCCGUUGCUGCAGGACACACGAUAUACCAAAUCCGAUGCCUCAAGAGCCUGACUUUCUCAGAUAUCAAGCCCGUCAAAAUCAAACAAAUUUCCAGAGCGAUAGAGGCCUCUUUGACUGUAACCGAAACGUUCAUGAUAUUGAGCGUGGUUCUCUUCCUCGUGGCCUUCCCUGCACGCUGCUACAAGCGUGCUGUUCUGAUCGCUCUGACUGGCCUGUUUUGUCUGGCCACAGAAUAUGUGGUCUACAGCCAGUUGACGAGGUCACCAAGCCAGCAUCUUAGCACCAUUAGAGCAAGCUUCACAAGAUCAUUUGUUUCGGAUAGCGCAAUCAUCACCGCAGUGAUUCUCGCUCUGAUACUGGCCUGCAUCGCCAUCGCGUUCUGCUUGGCCCUAUAUGUGUUUUACAGCACGCCGCUCCAACCUCUGGAGGCAAAUCCUGAAGAAACAGCAACAUUUGCAAGAACGAUGUUGGAGAUCGAAGCAUUGCAUACCCCAGAGGCAAUCUUUCGAGAGAUAAGACGGAACCGGACGCGCCAUGCCUCCAGAGAGGACCGCUUCGUGUACCUGAGCUUUUGGAUCGCCCUCAUUCCCCUGGUUGCCAGUGUGGGGACGACAAACAUGUCCAUUUUCAUCGGAGUGCAAAGCCUGGGGGCCAAAACCCCCGAGUCUUCUGACUGGUGGUCUGGGUUGGGACACGCCAUUCAGCGAUUCCUGGCUGCGUUCUUCCCCAAGACUGCAGCCGGGCUCGGCGACUUGGACCAGGCGGUGGCCCUGGCCACUGGUUGCGUAAUCCUGGCACUGUCUUUAUGGAGUGUUGGAAGGAAGUGGUAUGUGGAAUGGAAACUCGAACGUGAAGCAAGGCUACGAGAACAGCGCGCGGAGGACAUUAGGUUGACAGAGCUCCGGCGACGGCUUGCCGUUCUUGUGCAGGAGGCUCAAUGA